AUGUCAUCUACCACUAACAGUGCGAUCGCUGUGUACUGCGGCGCGUCAUAUGGGACUCAGAAGGCGUUCGAACUAGCGGCUGUCUCCUUAGGGAGAGCGCUUGCCAAAGCAGGCCGUGGCUUGGUGUACGGCGGAGGUAACGGAGGUAUCAUGGGUAUUGUUAGCAGUACCGUCCGGGACGAGGGAGGCGACGUGCUGGGUGUCAUCCCGUACGCGAUGGUCGCGUCUGGUGGUGAGGGUGAGCAAAGAAGCGCGUUGCGCUCGGCAAGCAAGGGGGGGAAGGACGAGGUGAAACAGAUCGCGGUGAGAUCUAUGCACGAGCGCAAGACGAUCAUGGCAGACAGGUCGUGCGGAUUCAUCGGUCUUCCGGGUGGAUACGGCACAUACGAAGAAGUUCUGGAAGUAACGACGUGGACACAAUUGGGCAUUCACAACAAGCCUGUCGUUGUCGUCAACGUGCUGGGUUUCUAUGAUCCUCUACGAGAUUUGAUUCGCAACGGCGUUCGGAACGGCUUCAUUCGGGCUCACAACGAGGCGCUCGUUGUCUUCGUCGACGGCCCGCCCCUCUCGUCUCCAAACUCGCCAACCGCCGAAGACGUCGCCGCUCAUGAGCUAUUCGAUUGGGGCACUGCCGCUGUUGCUGCGAUUGAACGAUGGACUCCGUCUGGAAAGCCGGUGUACCCUUUUGACUGGUCACGCGAGAUGCCUUCAACAGGUGCCCAGGAUCUCCUGCAAGACAAAGCUCUGCAUGCCACAUAA